GGAGACGCCUCGCCCAGUUUACGGGCGGGAAGCACCCUGGAGAACCCGGAUGGAACUCGGGCCUGGCUAAGGCGGAGGUUGUUGCGGAUGCUCGUCUCUCCAGGCGCACCGCAGAUUCCUGCUCGGGGGUCAGACCUGAGGAACCGCCGUCUCUACUGGUUCUGACGGCCAGAGGCUGGACCCUAGGCUGAGCGGAGAGCGGAACUGGAGCCUGAAACAGGCGCCUAAAAGAAGCGCGAGCAUCCCAUGGGCCUGCGCCUCAGGCUCGGAGACAGGCGGUCGGAGACAGCGCUGAGUCUUUUUCUUUUUUUUUUCCUAGCCGUUGGCGUUGUCUCACCCUGGAGGCUGUAAAAAUCUCCGUCCUUAACAGUAACACCAUCAGGUCCUAUCAGUUAAGAGCUGCUUGUUAUUUACAUGCAUUCUUAUAAUUAAACCUCCCAACAACCCUGUAAGCAAAAUUCUGUGGCAUCUCUGGAAUACUGCCUGAGAAUUUUUGUGUGCCAUGUCGAAGAAACGCAAAUGGGAUGAUGACUAUGUUCGCUACUGGUUCACCUGUACAACGGAAGUUGAUGGCACUCAGCGCCCACAGUGUGUGUUGUGUAACUCAGUAUUUUCAAAUGCUGACCUCAGACCAUCAAAACUGUCAGACCAUUUUAACAGACAGCAUGGUGGUGUAGCUGGGCAUGAUCUCAAUAGCCUGAAGCAUAUGCCAACACCAUCUGAUCAGAGUGAAACCUUGAAAGCAUUUGGAGUUGCAUCUCAUGAGGAUACUUUAUUACAAGCAUCAUAUCAAUUUGCGUAUUUAUGUGCCAAGGAGAAGAAUCCUCAUACAGUAGCUGAAAAGUUAGUGAAACCUUGUGCACUGGAAAUAGCACAAAUAGUUUUGGGACCAGAUGCACAAAAGAAGCUUCAGCAGGUACCCUUAUCAGAUGACGUGAUCCAUUCUAGAAUUGAUGAAAUGAGCCAAGAUAUCUUACAGCAAGUUCUAGAAGAUAUCAAAGCCAGUCCUCUUAAAGUGGGUAUUCAGCUUGCUGAGACAACUGACAUGGAUGACUGUGGUCAGCUAAUGGCAUUUGUGCGAUAUAUAAAAGAAAGAGAGAUCAUAGAAGAAUUUCUCUUCUGUGAACCAUUGCAGCUAUCCAUGAAAGGAAUAGAUGUGUUCAAUCUCUUCAGAGACUUCUUUCUGAAGCAUAAGAUAGCACUUGAUGUAUGUGGCUCUGUUUGUACUGAUGGUGCCUCCUCUAUGCUAGGAGAAAAUUCCGAGUUUGUUGCCUAUGUGAAAAAAGAGAUACCUCAUAUCGUAAUCACACAUUGUUUAUUGAAUCCUCAUGCACUUGUCAUGAAGACAUUGCCUACAAAACUGAAGGAUGCUCUGUUUACUGUGGUGAGGGUAAUAAAUUUCAUCAAAGGGAGAGCUCCAAAUCAUCGCCUAUUUCAGGCUUUCUUUGAAGAAAUUGGUAUAGAAUAUAGUGUCCUCCUUUUCCAUACUGAAAUGAGGUGGCUUUCCCGAGGCCAAAUACUUACUCACAUUUUUGAAAUGUAUGAAGAAAUAAAUCAGUUUCUUCACCACAAAAGCAGUAAUUUAGUUGAUGGCUUUGAAAAUAAAGAGUUUAAAAUUCACCUAGCAUACCUUGCAGAUUUAUUCAAACACUUAAAUGAACUCAGUGCAUCUAUGCAGAGGACUGGGAUGAACACAGUAUCAGCUAGAGAAAAGUUAUCUGCUUUUGUUAGGAAGUUUCCGUUUUGGCAAAAACGAAUUGAGAAAAGAAAUUUUACCAAUUUUCCUUUUCUUGAAGAAAUAAUUGUUUCAGAUAAUGAAGGAAUAUUCAUUGCAGCUGAAAUAACAUUGCAUCUGCAACAAUUGAGCAACUUCUUCCAUGGAUAUUUUUCCGUUGGAGAUCUUAAUGAGGCAAGUAAAUGGAUAUUGGAUCCAUUUCUUUUUAAUAUCGAUUUUGUUGAUGAUAGUUAUUUAAUGAAAAAUGAUCUUGCUGAAUUACGAGCUAGUGGCCAAAUCCUAAUGGAAUUUGAGACAAUGAAGCUUGAGGAUUUCUGGUGUGCCCAAUUCACAGUGUUUCCAAACCUGGCAAAGACAGCUCUAGAAAUCCUUAUGCCAUUUGCAACUACAUACCUUUGUGAGCUGGGAUUUUCAUCACUUUUACAUUUCAAAACAAAGUCCAGAAGCUGCUUUAAUCUGAGUGAUGAUAUCCGUGUGGCUAUUUCAAAAAAAGUUCCUCGUUUCUCAGACAUCAUUGAACAAAAGCUACAGCUACAGAAGUCACUGUAAGCUGAUAUACUUUUUUAAUGUAUAAUUUUAAUCUUAAUAUCAUUGUAAAAUUAAGCUGUAAUUCUGUUUCUUUUUCAUAUUUAUGAUAUACUGAAUUCUAUAUCUAAAAAACUUAACAACUUUAACUUUGAAUGAGGCAUGUGAAAAUGUGUUUUGAGAAUAAAAACACAAACAGCAGAAAAGAUUAAGUACUACUGCCUAGUUGCUAUCAUGAGAUUUUCCUAAUUCUGAGUAUCUGUUUAUUCUGUUCAUGUGGUAUGUAAAAAAGAUACCUAAGCACUAGAAUAUCCAGAUAAAUGGUGCAGUAGGCUAGGAAUUGAGCCAGGAGAAAAGAGAAGAUAUCCCAGAAGUCAAAAAGGCAAAAUGACAGAUUGAGUUCACCCAUCUUUGUUAUGGAGAGGUUAAUGAAAUCAGAAGAGGAUUAUGAAAUACAAUGAGAAAAGGAAUGAUCUGGCUUAUAUAAGACUUAUUUUUAAAUAUGCUCUUUGGAGUUAGUCUCACAAUGUCCAUUCCCCUAGCUCCUAUGCUAUGGAUAUCAUAUUAAUAAAUAGCCUAAUAUAUUAAU